AUGGAGCCAGCAGCACCAGCCAGCCAGCAGUACAAGAGGUUUAGUAAGAAAUGUGGCAAACCAUUAGUGCUCGUUGCUGACGUCACUAAAGAUGAAGAGGCCAAAAGAAUCGUUGAUGAGACUGUCAAAGUUUAUAGCAAAAUUGAUGUAUUAGUAAAUAACGCUGGUGUCGGUGGAUUUGAAGGGAUUCAAUCUAAGCAACCGAUGGUACUUUUUGACAAGAUUAUGUCUACGAACCUUCGUUCAGUGGUUUACUUAAGUCAUCUAGCUACUCCACACCUUAUCAAGACAAAGGGGAAUAUUGUGAACAUCUCAAGCAUUGCCGCAAUUCGAAUUUUGUCUAAGGAGGCUUUCGCAUACAGCACAGCAAAAGCUGGUCUGGAUCAUUUCACUAGAGCUGUUGCGCUUGAACUGGCAUCAAGCGGUGUUCGCGUUAAUGUCAUUAAUCCAGGACCAGUCCUGACUGAUAUUGUUCAAAACAUGGGACGAACAAAAGAAGAACAAGAGGUUUUUUUCAAACAGCUAGGAGAUUCAACGCCUCUUAAAAGGGUUUCGGUUCCUGAAGAAAUUGCUGAUCUUGUGUUAUUUUUGGCGAGUGAAAAAUCUGUAGCAAUAACUGGCUCUAAUUUUGUGAGUGACAAUGGCAUGUCAUCAUCAGGCGGAGGAGAUUCUUUAAAGAAUGAAUGAAUAAAGCAGAAAUUCUUUCAAUUUUCAAUUAAAGUCAGUCUACACGUUUUCAAACCAAACAAUGUUUGUAUUAAUAUUUUAUGUUUGCACUCGGCUGGGUCAUGUUGUGUGUUCUCUCUUAACAUUAUUUUUAUAAUAAACGAUAAUUAAAAAAUGCA